AGCACACUCCGUUUGGAACUGCGAUGCUCUAGAUUCCUGUCUCUGCUCAAUGUUAUGGGAACUAAAGGCAAGAGACUCCUUGAGGCCAAAUAGUAACACUGUAUAACAACUAGGAAAACCCAUUUUUGUUCCACCCUGCUACAUUACAAAGUAUGUGUAUGUAUUGUGAGGUGUAAAGCCUAUGACCCUGCUACCAGCAUGCUUGCAAUACUAAUAAUAUCCACAGUCUGCCAUCCAAUAACGCACAUGUGAUCCGAUCUGCUUCGACCUUGAAAUACCCAGAACACCACGGGUUCAGAUAUUGUCAGAAUAUCUCGGGGACCUCCCAGACUGGCUAGUUUUCCCCGGACCGGAGUUUCCCAUCAGAGCCUAUGUCUAUUGUAAACAGCCCAAUGGUGUGUGUUCUGUUGGCUUGGCUGGCAGCCUGCGUUAAAUGAUUCCUUUACAGGGGUUGUGGUGUGUAUGCACAUCCAGUGCUGUACUGUACUCCAUAUCCUCAAUAAUGCAUGGCAUUGUUGGCAUAAUAUGCCAGCAGAACAAAUCCACCAAUCACCAGCUGACUGCCAUAAUGAAUAAGGCAUAUAAAAAGAGCCAGUUCCAUGGAGGUCUUAUUGAGUUAUGCUGGGAGGGUUGGAGCUCUUGGCGGUGUAAAUAAGGACAUGGUUAAAUGACUCUCCCCAGUAGCCAAUAUCCAGACUGCGAUUUUGCACAGAGGAGAUUUGAGACGGACUCACAAUCAAAUCAAAGUUUUAUUGGUUGCGUACACGGAUUUACAGAUCUUAUCGCAGGUGCAGUGAAAGGCUUGUGUGUCUAGAUCCAACAGUGUCGUAAUACCGAGCAAUAAAAACUAAAAACAAUUCGCACACAAUCCAAAUAAAUAAUUAAGAAAUAGACCAACCAUUACCUCAGACGCUAUCAGCAUCUGAAAUGACACCCUAUUCCCUAUUUAGUAUACUACUUUUGAUCAGAGCCCGUGGAGCACUUCAGCAUAGGGCACUUUACUAUGCAUUGCACUAUAUAGGGUGUAAUUUGGGUUCCAUACCUCCAAUAUGCUCCCGUUCUGUCGAGGGACUGGAUCGACUGUAGCAUUCAGACCAGAUGACCGCAGCAGUGGAGGAUUGAAGAAGCAGUAAAAGUCCUUGUGACAUCCCUGUUUCCCCAAUGGUACCCCCCCCAUUAUACCUCAGCCUGUUGUCUUAUCUCAGCCUGACAUCAAUGCGGCAGCCCUGUGAGCCCUCAGCCCGGCUACGGCUCAGGUGCUUAAACAGGCACCUUCACGUAAAAAUGGAUCAGAAACUGCCUCCCCAUGCAGUCCUCUGGCGCUUGGCCUGUCAUCGGGCCGUAACUACUUUUACACGUUCACUCCUGACGCCCAGGAGCUAGGGAAGAAGAACAAAGUAUCUCCUCCGUACGCCUGCUGACGUGCAUUUUACUCUGUUCCCGAGGUACGCUGUAGGAAAUGUGUUUUCUUGGAAUUGGAUGAAAGUCACGUUUCCUUUUUGGACUUGAAGAUUUCGUGUGUUUUUGGAGUUUGUUUUUUUACGAGUCUGUAUACAGUCGUCACUAAAGUUGUUUAUUGCCUCAGGGCCAUAUGGAAUUGACUCGGUGUCGCUGACUGUCUGUGGAUUGCUCCAGCUGGCAUGGGUAGGAGGAAUGCCAGCUCCUGAGCAGAGCCCAGCGACGGAGGAGGGGCUUCUGCUGACCGUCAGAGAGGGAGCCCAACUCCCCGACCGGAACAUGGAGGCCGACAGCACCGCCAACAACAUCCUGGCCUCCGUCAAAGAGCAGGAGCUCCAGUUUGAGAGGCUGACCAGGGAGCUGGAGGUAGAGAGACAGAUUGUGGCCAAUCAGCUGGAAAGAUGCAGACUCGGGGCCGAGUCGCCAGGCGCUGCUAGCGACAGCUCGUCUGAGAAGUCCCUCCCCUGGAGAUCUGCAGAUGCCUCGACCUCGCGGGACACCAAGUCUCGAGUGACAGACACCUCUCAGUCGCCCACCUACCGCCUCCGAACGGAGCAGGAGCAGGUGGCCCUGUACUCCCCAGAGCAGACCUCGCUCCAUGAAAGUGAGGGGUCUACAGGGAACUCCCGCAGCUCCACCCAGAUGAACUCGUACUCGGACAGUGGCUACCAGGAUGCCAGCAACUACUACGGCAGCCAGAACCAGAAUAGUCUGGCUAAGACUGACAUGAGGAUGCCGCGCUCUUACCCGGGCACAGGCGGCACCUCUACACUCCUGAGGAAUGCCAGGGCUGAGGGCCAGGCCCAGGUCCAGGGCCCUGUGUUAACCGCCGCAGCCCCGGGUCGAGCCAUGAGGAGGGUGAGCUCUGUGCCCUCCCGGACCCAGUCCCCGGCCUAUGGCAACAGUGUGUCCCCCUCACGGGGCUCCCUGAGGGCCACCAUGGGGAGUAACUACUGCUCGCCCAUUGUCACAGAGCCCAAGCCUCUCUCCAGUAUCUUCUCCACCACCCUGCCCUCAGCCCAGCGCGCCGGUUCCCCUUACAACACCCAGAAGGGUUCCCCCGCCGCCCUCCGCCGCAUGGGCAGCGCCAACUCCCGCUCGGGCAGUGCCAGCCGCACCACUUCACCAUACCAGGCCCUGGGGUCAGCCUCGGUGCGAAUGGGCUCCCCCCUAACGAUGGUGGACGGCCCCUUACCCCUCACCCAGCAGCCAGGGGGGUCGGCGGCGUCUCCAGGGCGCUCCAGCAUGACGGCCCAGCCCCAGCACUAUGGCUCCACCUUGCCUCGCUCGUUGAUCCACCAUGAUGCAGACUCCUACGGAGCUCAGAGCUACGACGUCUACGAGAGGAUGAUCCCACGGCCUGACAGCCUCACAGAACCCCUGGUCGAUGAUGACCUUCAAGGCAUGCGGAGCUCGUACGCCAGUCAGCACAGCCAGCUGGGCCAGGACCUGAGGUCAGCCAUGUCCCCUGACCGCCACAUCACGCCCAUCUACGAGGACAGGACCUUCCAGGGGCCCCUGUACCGUAGCCCCAACCACCACGACCCAGUGGACCUCAACAACUCCUCACAGAGCGCCAUCUACAGGAGUCCGUCAGGCGUGGGGACCCUCCAGAGGACCUCCAGCCAGCGUAGUGCCAUGACGUACCAAAGAAGCAACUACGCUCUGAACACGGCGGCCACGUACGCAGAGCCCUACCGCUUGGCUCAGUACCGGCCCUCCGAGGGCAACUACGUCAGGCAGCCAGUCGUCAUGGAUGACGGGGCCACCCGCUCGCCCUCCAUAGACAGCAUCCAGAAGGACCCAAGGGAGUUUGCCUGGCGUGACCCCGAGCUGCCCGAGGUCAUUCAUAUGCUGCAGCACCAGUUCCCCUCGGUGCAGGCCAACGCCGCCGCAUACCUGCAGCACCUGUGCUUCGGAGAUAAUCGAGUCAAGGCGGAGGUGUGCCGUCUAGGGGGAAUCAAACACCUGGUGGACCUGUUGGACCACAAAACCCUGGAGGUCCAGAGGAACGCCUGUGGAGCUCUGAGGAACCUGGUCUACGGGAAAGCCACGGACGACAACAAGGUGGCCGUGAGAAACGCAGGUGGCGUCCCCGCUCUGCUCAGACUGCUGAGGAAGACUGUAGACGCUGAAGUGAGAGAGCUGGUCACGGGGGUGCUGUGGAACCUGUCCUCCUGUGAUUCCGUCAAGAUGACAAUCAUUCGGGAUGCCUUAACUACUCUGACAAACAGUGUGAUCAUACCUCACUCUGGAUGGAGCAGUACGACGUUUGACAAUGACCACAAGCUCAAGUUCCACUCGUCUCUGGUCCUGAGGAACACAAGUGGCUGUCUGAGGAACCUGAGCUCGGCGGGGGAGGAGGCUAGAAAACAGAUGCGCUCCUGUGAGGGGCUGGUGGACUCCUUACUCUACGUCAUCAAGGCCUGUGUCAACACCUCGGACUUCGACAGCAAGAUUGUGGAGAACUGUAUUUGCACUCUGAGGAACCUGUCGUAUCGCCUGGAGCUGGAGAUGCCCCCGUCAAGGUUUCAGGGAGCUCAGGAGCUGGACGGUCUACUGGGCAGUGAGUCUCCCAGUAAGGACGUGGAAUCCAGCUGCUGGGGCCGGAAGAAGAAGAAGAAGAAAAAGGGCUCCCAGGAAGACCAGUGGGACGGAGUGGGCCCCAUCCCUGGCUUCUCCAAGUCCCCCAAGGGGGCGGAGAUGUUGUGGCACCCAGCCGUGGUGAAGCCCUACCUGACCAUGCUGGCCGAGAGCUCCAACCCUGCCACUCUGGAGGGCUCAGCGGGCUCCUUACAGAACCUGUCUGCUGGGAACUGGAAGUUUGCGGCGUACAUCCGUGCGGCGGUGCGCAAGGAGAAGGGUCUGCCCAUCCUGGUGGAGCUGCUGAGGAUGGACAACGACAGGGUGGUCUGCUCUGUGGCCACCGCCCUGAGGAACAUGGCCCUGGAUGUCAGGAACAAGGAGCUCAUAGGGAAGUAUGCGAUGAGGGACCUGGUGAACCGUCUCCCUGGGGGCGACACCUCCCUGCUCUCUGACGAGACGGUGGCGGCCAUCUGCUGCACCCUGCACGAGGUCACCAGCAAGAACAUGGAGAACGCCAAGGCACUGGCCGACACGGGCGGCAUCGAGAAGCUGUUCAACAUCACCAAGGGCAGGGGAGAGAGGUACUCCAUGAAGGUGGUGAAAGCUGCCGCUCAGGUCCUCAACACACUCUGGCAGUACAGAGACCUAAGAACUAUCUAUAAGAAGGACGGAUGGAACCAACACCACUUCAUUACGCCCGUGUCUACUCUAGAGCGCGACAGAUUCAAGUCUCAGCCAACCCUCCCUACCAGCACCAUACAGAUGUCACCGGUCAACCAGUCAGGAGCUGGCAGUGCAACCUCCUCUCCUGCAAUGCUGGGAAUCAAAGAACACCGUUCUGAUUAUCACAGGGCACAGUCAACUAUGCAAUUUUAUAAAAACCAAGGGGACAACAAUGUACAUAAAUACCAAUAUACAGGGUCUGGAAAGCCAUCACCAUAUUAUGUCGGGUCCUACUCCUCACCGACAAGAGAGGACCCCAGAAGAGCACAGCAGCAGAUGUACUACACUGAGGAGCCGAGCAGGCGGAACUACGACACCUACAGAAUGUACCUGCAGUCUCCACACGGCUACGAUGACCCCUACGUGGAGGAAGUGGUCAGCUUCCCCCCCACGGCAGACUAUAGCUCUAAGUCGCACGGUCACGGACUCAAAUCCACCACGAACUACGUGGACUUUUACUCCACCACCCGGAGGCCUUCCUACAGGGCGGAUCAGUACCCAGGUUCGCCAGAUUCCUGGGUAUAGGGACUCCAUCUUGGAAUCCCCGACAGAUGAACUCUUCCAUGAACUUUUACUUGUGUGUUUGUUUUUGAAAAUGUGGAUCUGAAUGUGGAGAUCGACGCGAUGGCAGAUGGCAGAUGGCAGAUGGCAGAUGGCAGAUGGAGAAAUGGAAUGUUAACCAAAGAAAGAAGGAAACCAAGGAAUGUGUUGUUUUUUUAAAAAGAAGAGCAGUGGGUGUGUUCGGGGCGGGCGGCACUGGACAUUAUCGUGAGUCUGCUCUGUCUAGAUGUUACUUUUUCUUUUGGAAACCUGUAGCUGUGGUAGCAUGGUGAAGGUGUGGGUUAUGUGACGAAAGGUUUGCGGUAAAGAGUCAGAAGGGGGAAUGUGUAUGUUCGUAGGCAAAAAUGGAUCAUGAACUCAUAUCUGUAAAAAAAAAAAGUGUUGUAACCUAAAGAUGUUAGUUUGUACAGAGGGAUCAAAUUGUAUUUGUUCUUAAUGUUGAGAUUGUGUAUGCCAUGGAGUCUUGUACAUUUCCUUCAUUUUAUUGUAAAUACAGAAAAAAUGCCACCUGGUUUACGUUCAUCAGCACUGGUAAAAGAGGUGUGCCAUGUCAAAUAUAUAUCUAUAUUAUAGAUCUAUAAAUAAUGAAGAAAUAAAGGGAUGAGGGAAAAGAUGGCAUCAUAACACAAACAUGCAACGAUAAUAAAAGUUCACUUUUGUUUUUUAAAUGAAUUGUGUAACUGCAGACAUUUUUGUGACUUUGAAAGAUAUUCUCUUUAUUUUUCCAUUCUCUGUCUUGGAUCUUUCAUCGAUAGUUCGCUGACAUUUUCUGUGCACAACAACCAACAGAAAUAAAUGUGAACAUUUGGUCCAUGAA